AUGUCUGACAGCCGCAUCACCCGGCUGGAGUCAGACACGAUGCUGCUCUGCUCGGCAGGAGCACAGAGCCCCACCACCCAGAGCGCUGCACAGAUAGAGGGGAAUAUUGUGUUCUUCCCAAACAAUAUUGAUACGAUUCUUAACGUUACUUUAUUCUCAGGUGUCCGGUCCCAGGUGCAGCUGGUGGAGUCCGGAGGGGAUGUGAAAAAGCCCGGAGACUCUCUCCGCCUCUCCUGCAAAGCCUCCGGGUUUACCUUCAGCAGCUACGAUAUGCACUGGGUCCGCCAGGCUCCCGGGAAGGGGCUGGAGUGGGUCUCGGUUAUCAGCAGCAGCGGGGGUACUAUCUACUACUCCGACGCAGUGAAGGGCCGAUUCACCACCUCCAGGGACAACUCCAACAACCUGCUGUAUCUGCAACUGACCGGCCUGAAGCCCGAGGACACCGCCCGCUAUUACUGUGUCCGGUCCCAGGUGCAGCUGGUGGAGUCUGGAGGGGAUGUGAAAAAGCCCGGAGACUCUCUCCGCCUCUCCUGCAAAGCCUCCGGGUUCACCUUCAGCAGCUACUGGAUGACCUGGGUCCGGCAGGCUCCUGGCAAGGGACUAGAAUGGGUCGCUCAAAUACACCCCGGUGGGAGUCCUAUAUACUACCUUGAUUCAGUGAAAGGCCGGUUCACCAUCUCCAGGGAUGAUUCCAAGAGUGAGCUGUAUCUGCAAAUGUCCGGCCUGAAGCCCGAGGACACCGCCCGCUAUUACUGUGCGGGAAACACACACUGA